CUGGAAACAGAGAAGGGAGGACAUCUUAUCUGAAGAGAACACUCAACCAAAAGAGAAUUAUAUUUAUUGUCCCGUGUAAUUCUAUCUACAUAAACAGCACUGGAAUUUUACCCAAUCCUAUACUAGGAAAGCUAUAUACUUAUAUAUUGUAUUAUAGACACAAUAAUGUCCACCGGAUCGCUGAGUGAUGCAGAUGAUGCACCAGAAACAUCGUUCACACGCCUUGAUUGUCACUCUGAUGAUGACUUUAAUGAUGACGAAGGACUCAACACGAAACCCAAACGAGCUAAUAUGCAAAAGCGUGCAAAAAGCCCGAAAGAUGGAAGACAGUCGCAGCGUCAUGCGGCGAACGCACGUGAAAGAGCGAGGAUGAGAGUCCUAGCAAAAGCAUUUUCACGUCUGAAGACAAGUUUACCCUGGGUUCCAGCAGACACCAAACUGUCCAAACUGGACACACUGCGACUGGCCUCGAGUUACAUCAACCAUCUGAGACAACUGCUGCAUGAAGACAAAUAUGAAAAGACCCUCGUUCAUCCGGUAAAUUUGUCAUGGCCUUUCGUGGUUUCAGGAAGACCAGAAGACACAAAAGACAUUUCACCUUUCAGACUGUGUGGAGCUACAGCUUAGAUAUUCAUCACUCUCUGUUUGUUUUUUUUUCUUCUUAACUUGAUAUAUGUUGUAUUUUUAUUAGAAUGGAAUAUACAUAUAUCAAAUGUGUACUGCCAAAGAUGAGGUGUUUCUCUUACAGCUUAAUCUUUCUUUACAGUAUUUCUUUCUCAAAAUUCAUAGUAUAUUUAGUAUAUCCCUUUUUCUUAAGAGUUGAAGUAAAUUUAAUGUCCAUAAUGUCACAAUUUCCUUUCAACCCUAUAUUUGUUGUCUGAAUGUUCUGUGUUCAGUAUUUUACCGAAAAUUUGUAAGUCUUCUUUUAUUUUAAGGCAUGCAAGUCAGUUUUAUUGUGUAGAAUAACAGAACACAGUCAUGAGAGUAAAAGUGCUCGGCUCAAAUCGAGGUACAAGGUUUUUUCAGUAUGCCAGAGCCAUGAUCAGACUACCUGCUUAACAUCUGAAACUCUGGCCUCCCAGGAACUCCAUGAAGCAGGAGGUCUGAUCGUGACUCUGGUGUGCUAAGAAAACACUCUACCUUAAUGAUAUCCAAGCACUAAUGAAACACUGGGAUUAGUGCAUUAAUGUAGCAGGGGAUUAUACAGACAACAUCCUUUUUCAUCCUUGUGUCUUUCGCAGUCUUACUCUUAUCCUUAAAUCCUCUUAAUGCAGUUUUGAUAUUGCCUGCAAUCUAGGACUUUUGAUGUUUUUGUUGUUUUGGUUUUAAUACAGAAUCUAUGUAUGUAUUUUUUAUAUUCCCUAAGCACAAGGCGUGUAUUAAGUACACUACAUAAAUAUCUAAAUUUAGGCUUUGUUUCAUAGUUAAUCAGUAUAAAUGCAUCACUGCACAUUUGUCAACA